AUGGCGCCCUCACAGGGGGUUCGGGUGCUGCGGUGCUGCCGCUGUCGCCUCUUCCAGGCGCACCAGGAGAAAAAGAGUCUCAAGUGGACAUGCAAAGCUUGUGGAGAGAAGCAGUCAUUUUUGCGGACUUAUGGUGAGGGCUCUGGUGCUGACUGUAGACGCCAUGUCCAAAAAUUAAAUCUGCUGCAGGGACAGAUUUCAGAGAUGUCACUCAGGUCUCUGGAAGAACCCGGAAAUGAUGAAGAGGAAAAUGCAGGGCCUGGGCAGGCUGAGCGUGGGAGUGUGCAGGAAAAACCUCAGUCCUCAGAGAACCGCUGGCUGAAGUAUCUGGAAAGAGACUCAAAAGAGCUGGGGAUAGAAAGAGGAGUGUGUUUCGAGAGACUGCCCUUGUCCAGGACAGAGAAGCCAGAGCCUCCCUUCAACACAGGCCUGCCUAGAAAAAGGAAAUGCAGCCAGACCACAGUCUGGCCUCCACACAGCCCCGAUGUCCAGAACCUAGGUGAUUCUGAGGUUACAUUGGAGCCCCAGAAGGACCAUGCUGGCCUGGCCAGGAAGGUCACGGAAGGUGGCAGCCACAAAGAUGGGGGCACCGGGGAGCUUUCUGCUCCUCAGGGGGGUCCUCCACGUCCGGCCCCACAGCUAAGAGCCACGUCAUCCAAGUGGGACCGCUUCCUUCUGCUGCCUGGAAAUGGCCCAUGUGUGGACACGGAGCCCCCAAUACCCCCGCAUGGAGACCCCAAGCCAGCCGGGACAGCACUGGCUGAGCAGGGGACCCCAAGGGAAGGGCGCCCCAGCAGGCCCCUCAGUGCACCCAAGCUUCCCUGGCCCGGACACACUCUCACGUCGGGGUCCCAGAGGCCCUGCGGAAAGCCCCCCCAACAGCCAGAGGACACUGGUCCUCUGGCAAAGGGCAGGACCGUGGUCAUAGGGUUACAAGAGCCCCCACUCGUGCGACUGUGUAACCUCUUUGAAACCGGUGAGGACUUUGAAGACGACCUGUGA